AUGAUAAUAGAAAAUUGAUGAUAGAUUGCAAGAGGUUGGAGUUGCACAAGGCCAUGUAUCCGGUCAACUGGUAACACAAAUGGCAGCAGAAGAAGCCACAUGUCACUUCCUUUCAAGCGCUACAAUGGCGACCGCAAAACUUGCAUUUGCCAAUCACUUUAUAUAUACUCAUCUCAACGGUUUCCCCUUCUCUCUCAUAUCCAUUUAUAACUAUAUUGGUCUUCGUUUUUCUACUCUUAAUCUUCUCUCUUUGCCACAACCAUUUCUUCCUUUCUCUGCACGCUACCCCUUCACUUGAGUUUUUCUUUUUUGCUUCGAUCAAGUGUCUGCCACGUUUCCAAUAGCUGUCUCUGCCUGUCUGAUCUUCUGGGGUCGUUUAAAAAUGGCUUCUUUCUCGUGUGUGGCGUUUGUUUGAAUGGUUUUGCAGAAGCUUCUGGUAUAAGGGAUAAAUAACAUAAAUAAAUGAAAAAUCAAAUUUUUAAGCUUUUUGUUUGGUUGUGGUUGUGAUUGAUUGGUGGAUCGUGAUAUGGGACAAGGACAUGUUGCACGUGUGAGGAAGAUACAAUGAGUGGUGUUGGUGGUGGAUGCCCCUGCCCCAGGGGUAUUAGUGAUGGUGCCAUGGAGGAUCUGAAUGGGGAUACGGUGGGGAAUUUGAAUCAGAAUGCAGCGAAGCCUCCGAGAGACCAUUCUGUUAUGCGACAUUUCAGCAGCUCUUCUUGGUCUGCAGAGCCGGAAUCAAAUAUUAAUAUUAUUGGACUUAAAUCAAGCACAGAAAAAAAAUCAGACUUUCCACUUGAAAUUCGAUCUGGAAGCUAUUCCGAUAAAGGACCAAAGCAGUACAUGGAGGAUGAAUUCAUAUGCAUUGAUACUCUUAGUGAAUGUGACGGUCUAGGAGCAAACCUUCCUUCUCCUGCAGCAUUUUAUGGGGUAUUUGAUGGACAUGGUGGCGUUGAUGCAGCAGCAUUCACGAGAAAGAACAUCCUCAAGUUUAUAGUUGAAGAUGCUCAUUUCCCAUCUAGCAUUAAGAAAGCAAUUAAGAGUGCAUUUGUGAAGGCUGAUCUUGCUUUUAGAGAUGCCAGUUCUCUUGAUAGCUCUUCAGGCACCACCGCUCUGAUAGCCCUUAUGUUGGGAAGUUCCAUGCUGAUUGCCAAUGCAGGAGAUUCUCGUGCUGUGUUGGGCAAACGGGGCAGAGCAGUUGAACUUUCCAAAGACCAUAAACCAAAUUGCACUUCUGAAAGAUUAAGAAUUGAAAAACUUGGUGGAGUGAUCUACGAUGGAUACCUCAACGGCCAACUAUCAGUGGCUCGGGCUCUUGGAGAUUGGCACAUAAAAGGAAGCAAAGGUUCUAAGAGUCCUCUAAGCUCGGAGCCGGAGCUGGAGGAGAUCGUGCUGACCGAAGAAGAUGAGUUUUUGAUAAUGGGCUGUGAUGGAUUGUGGGAUGUGAUGAGCAGCCAGUGCGCUGUGACAAUGGUGAGGAGGGAGAUGAUGCAGCAUAAUGAUCCCAACAAAUGUGCAAAAGUACUUGUUACUGAGGCCCUCCAACGCAACACUUGUGACAACCUCACAGUUGUGAUUGUGAGUUUCUCCAAAGAUCCACCUCCUAAAAUUGAAAUUCCUAGAUCAUGUAGGAGGAGGAGUAUUUCUGCUGAGGGCCUUGAUCUUCUCAAGGGUGUUUUGAAUGGUAGAUGAAUAAAUGAAGUUGCUGAUUUGUACAGAUUAUUGAGUAGGGUGUUCUUCAGUGGGGAUUUUUCUGAGUAACUGCUACCCCUGCUGCACUUGAACAUUGUUGUUUGCUUAAAUGUCAAUAAUAAUGAUUUGUAUUUUC